AUGUCCUUUGAAUCCCCUUCUCAUAAUAAAGUCGCGGCCAAUCCUGAUAGCCAUGCCUCUAACGAGCGCCGCAUAAUAAGUAUCAAUGCUUCGUCUCCAGCUCCUGAAGGGGCUGCUGUCGAGCCUGCUCGCUCACGCUUGGAAGGAGGAAGCGCCUCAUCUGGUCUCCAAACGAAGACGCAUGUUAAAGGGGAUGAGAAAAAAGCCUCCUUACCCGGCACUCUAAACCCAUAUCGCGAUGGCCGCAUACGAACUCCAGUUCCAAGCAAGCUCAAAGGCAAGACAAGUGGGAGUCAAGGCAAUUUCAGUGUCAUGCAAAUACACGUCCAGAAGCCAGAGAUGACAGCGCGCGAUCUUGCUGCUAAGCAAACAAGUGAAAGAACUGCUGCUGCUGCAAGACUUGCGAGCACUCAGGAAUAUCGUCAUCCGAGAAGAUCUUGGCAACAAUCUGCAAUUGCCUCGCCAGCCCCAGGUCCUUAUGCGCAAUCCCACCCCCGUUAUUCAAUAUAUGACCCUCGUUCGCAACUUCCUUCAACUAUCCAGUCUGACUCCAGGUCAGACUCUCUGCCCUCUGCUGCUGCUACGAACAAAUAUCAAGAUAAGCCGUCGAAGGGGGAGGGGGUAAUAGGAGCAGAUACCGUGCUAAACACCAAUGCCCUACAUUCGGGAAGCCCCUUUACUGGAUCAAGCGAUAUACGUGGGAGGAGUACAGAGCAUUCGAGAGGACCAUUUGCUGAAGAGGCUAUACAAGAGGCCAAUGUCGAACACACAGAAAACUCAGUCGUGGGUGAUGAUUCCUUACCAGACAUCGGUUUGGAAGAGUCAACCGAACCAUCCACAACGGGAGAGCCCAUACAGACACCCAACCCGGAACAUACAGGUGGGCUAACGGACAUUACGGAACAGGUCAACGGGGAACAGACAAGAGAAAUAGCAGUUGUCACACAUGAACUCAACAAGGUCUAUGCAGCCAGGCCAGCACCUGCGUCACAGUCAGAGUCCCAUUCCGAGUCUACGUCUGUGUCUCUGUCUCCUUCUGUAGUGAAGGCAGAACAGGCUCGCAUCCUAGCACUCUUUCGAGAUAUCCAGCCAAGGUUCAUUGUAGGCCAGCUUACCAAAGCUUUGGUUCAUUUUGGAACAAUGUCUGACGUACCUUCGACUGAUGGAAGCCUUUUCCCUCCAAGUGCUUCCAAAAAUGGUCCAGGCGAUCUUUUGGUUUCUUGGCUAUCUGAGAUUUUCCCUGCCGCCCCUCUUCUGCCACACAAGCAGAAGGGGUCUUCAACAGGGCGGCCACGAGGCAGACCAAAAGGGAGCCUCAAUAGCUGUAAGGGGAAGACAGCUGCAACGAAAAAUACACAUACUCCCCUUGCUGGUUCAUUACUCAAAUCACACGAAACGACUAGUACACAAAACACAGGGUCUAAACAUAAUCCUAACGAAUUACCACAAGCCACUAGUACCCAAAGCCCAGGUGUUCUACUACCGCCUGUCCCAGCCGCUCAAAGUCUGACAGCUGGUGUUGCGCCGACUUUGCCGGGACAGGGAGACGUGCCACCACGGCCCAUCGCAAGCAUUUCAGCCCAGGUUGUUGCAAUUCCAUCGAUGAGGCCAAUCAUGCCCGCAACUGCGCCUAUCAUACAAGGAUCGGUACCAGAACUGACAUCGGGAACCGAACGAGUACCGAUUCCAAAGCUGACACCGGCUCGACGCAGGCCGCCUACAGGCAGGCCGCGUGGCCGACCUCGUGGUUCGAAGACCAAGGCAAGAUCGUUAAUCAAUCCACCAGGCCAAAGGGUUAUCGGGGCAGAGCAAAGAGCGCCACAGUCUGGCGUAAGAGCCAAUGAUGCUAACCGGUCAACAUCUGUUGACUUGACAUCGUCCUUGCAACCUGGCUCUUCAGAUUGCGAUACUGGAGCACCAAAGCAGCUGAAUAGUGGUCCAACAAAUACCAAUGAAGGAACCGAUGUGCAUACAAGCCAAGUAGUCACCAGCAUGGCGCAGCCAGAUACAUCUAACCCAUUUGGAGGCAUUGACAAGGAAAGAGCAGAAUUUGACACUGGAAUCUCUAGUGCCAGUCAAAUACUUUUGGCGCCUGAAGUUUCUGGCAAUGGUGGCACCCAACUUACAGCUUCGAAGAGGAAAAUUAUCUCACAGCAGGCUCUUCAAGAUGACACUACCGUUUCGCCUCAAGCCCCCAGACCGACUGUAUCGCCAGCCAGCAGUUUCUCUGUUCAGACACAACAAACAAAGCGCCGUCGUCUAUCUCAGGAAUCGAGGCAGAAAACCACUCUGAAUCCAGUCGCGACGCAGUCAAGUGUGCUGGAGGGUGACUUGAGCAUGAGGGUCCAAUUGGCUCAGUCACGCCCCUUACAGCAAAUGCUAAAGCAUCAGUAUCAAAACUGGAAUACAGAGAUUUCCUGUCAGAGCCAACAGCCUCAGACUCGACAAAGUCCUCAGCUGCAUUAUCAAUCCCAGCACCAGCAGCAUCCAUCAGAUACGAGGCCCGUAACGGGUAAUCAGGCGUCACAAACGUCUUCUCCCACACCUAACAGACCUUACAGUCAGCUCAUCAGGACUCCAGAUCGAUCAGCUAUAUCGACAGUGAACCCACCUUUGCAGAUAUACUCAGCUACGCCAGCGCCUAUAGCCAAUAUGGGCAUUCCAGCGUCCAUGGCGAAUGUAGGCCCAAGUCAGCAAUUAAAUGAUCAGGGGUCCUAG